AUGCCGAACACCACGCUGACCUAUGACAUCCAGAGAAUUAACAUGUUUGACAGCUUUGAAGCCUCCAGGAGAGCUUGCGACCAGCUGGCCCUCGGGGUAGCAGCUUUGUUUGGACCAUCUCACAGUUCCUCAGUCAGCGCAGUCCAAUCUAUCUGCAACGCCCUGGAGGUUCCUCACAUCCAAACAAAAUGGAAACACCCCUCAGUGGAUAACAAAGACACGUUUUUCAUCAACCUCCACCCAGACUAUGCUGCAAUCAGCCGAGCGGUGCUGGACCUGGUGUUACAUUACAGCUGGAAGACGGUGACGGUGGUGUAUGAAGAUAGUACAGGUUUAAUUCGCCUGCAAGAACUCAUCAAGGCUCCAUCAAGAUAUAACAUCAAAAUAAAAAUCCGCCAAUUACCCUCAGGAAACAAGGAUGCCCGGCCUCUGCUCAAAGAGAUGAAGAAAGCCAAGGAGUUUUACGUGAUAUUUGAUUGCUCACAUGAAACCGCUUCCGAGAUUCUCAAACAGAUCCUCUCCAUGGGAAUGAUGACUGAAUAUUACCAUUACUUCUUUACAACAAUGGACCUCUUUGCUCUUGACCUCGAGCCAUACAGAUACAGUGGAGUUAAUAUGACUGGAUUCCGCCUGCUUAACAUUGACAAUCCUCAAGUGUCAUCCGUGGUUGACAGGUGGUCUAUGGAACGUCUUCAAGCACCACCCAAGCCUGAGACCGGUCUUCUAGAUGGAAUGAUGACAACAGAUGCUGCCUUGAUGUAUGACGCUGUCUAUAUGGUUGCUGUUGCCACACAACGAGCCGCCCAGAUGACUGUCAGCUCUUUGCAAUGUCACCGUCACAAACCAUGGAGAUUUGGACCACGAUUUAUGAACUUCAUAAAGGAGGCACGGUGGGAUGGCUUGACAGGUCGGAUCACCUUCAAUAGAACGGAUGGCUUGAGAAGAGAUUUUGAUUUGGAUAUUAUUAGCCUGAAGGAGGACGGCAUGGAAAAGGUUGGGGUUUGGAACUCAAACAUUGGCCUUAAUAUGACUGACGGUGCAAAAGACAAAUCCACUAAUAUAACAGACUCACUAGCCAACCGGACACUUAUAGUCACCACCAUCUUGGAGGAUCCUUAUGUUAUGUACAGGAAGUCUGACAAACCCUUGUAUGGAAAUGACAGGUUUGAGGGCUACUGCUUGGAUCUACUCAAGGAACUCUCCAACAUUCUGGGCUUCAUCUAUGAAGUUAGGCUGGUAGCAGAUGGAAAAUACGGGGCACAGAAUGACAAAGGGGAGUGGAAUGGAAUGGUCCGAGAGCUCAUCGAUCAUAAAGCCGAUCUGGCCGUCGCUCCUCUCACUAUCACCUACGUAAGAGAGAAAGUAAUAGACUUCUCCAAGCCCUUCAUGACACUGGGAAUCAGCAUCUUAUAUCGGAAACCUAAUGGCACCAAUCCUGGCGUCUUCUCUUUCCUCAACCCACUCUCUCCUGACAUAUGGAUGUACGUACUUCUCGCCUGCCUGGGAGUUAGUUGUGUCUUGUUUGUCAUCGCAAGGUUCACCCCAUACGAGUGGUAUAACCCACACCCGUGCAACCCUGACUCAGAUGUCGUGGAAAACAAUUUUACUUUGCUAAAUAGUUUCUGGUUUGGAGUUGGAGCUCUCAUGCAACAAGGAUCAGAGCUAAUGCCCAAAGCCCUUUCUACCAGAAUAGUUGGAGGUAUCUGGUGGUUUUUCACCCUGAUCAUCAUCUCUUCCUACACGGCAAACUUGGCUGCUUUCCUCACGGUGGAGAGAAUGGAGUCGCCCAUCGAUUCUGCAGAUGACUUGGCCAAACAAACCAAGAUCGAGUACGGGGCUGUGAGAGAUGGAUCCACCAUGACCUUUUUUAAGAAAUCCAAAAUAUCCACUUACGAGAAGAUGUGGGCAUUUAUGAGCAGCCGGCAGCAGACGGCACUUGUAAAGAACAAUGAUGAGGGCAUUCAACGGGUUCUCACCACCGAUUACGCACUGCUCAUGGAGUCCACCAGUAUUGAGUUCGUCACACAACGGAACUGCAACCUUACCCAAAUUGGAGGGCUCAUUGACUCGAAAGGUUAUGGAGUUGGCACACCUAUUGGUUCUCCAUACAGGGACAAAAUCACCAUUGCUAUUCUCCAGCUACAAGAGGAAGGGAAAUUACACAUGAUGAAGGAGAAAUGGUGGCGAGGGAACGGCUGCCCAGAAGAAGACAGCAAAGAAGCCAGCGCCUUAGGAGUGGAGAACAUUGGUGGCAUCUUCAUAGUGCUCGCUGCAGGGCUCGUUCUCUCAGUCUUUGUGGCCAUUGGAGAAUUUAUCUAUAAAUCCAGAAAAAACAGUGAUAUAGAACAGGCCUUUUGUUUCUUUUAUGGGCUGCAAUGUAAACCUACUCACCCGUCCAACUCAACUUCGGGGACCACUCUCUCCACGGAAUUAGACUGUGGCAAAUUGCUUCGGGAGGAAAGAGGAAUACGAACACAACCCUCUAUACACACAGUAUAAUGUAGAUGAAAGUGUCUUUCUUUCAACGCCAUAAUGGAAGAACUUGGAAUAUCGCUAAAACAUCCGAAAAGGCUAAAAAAGAAGUCAAAGGCCAAGGGGAGAUCGUCAUUCACCAGUAUGCU